GGAAGCUUUUGUAAAGUUUUCUCUAACGAAGAAAUCUAGAGAGUAACGGAACAAGUGGGAGAGCUGAGAUUGGAAGGUGAGGUGGUCCUGCUUAAUCACACACGAGGCUUCCACAUGGCCCCUCCCCUUUGAAACUUCCCAUUUUAACUUCACUUUCCACUCUUUUCUCGCGCAACAAACACUUCAGAGGCCACACCCUCUGUUCUGUGCUCUCUGUUUUUUCUCUCAUGCAACUUCUUUAGAGAGACCAGACAGUAAUAGAGCUUCUAUUUCUAACACAGAGGUUCUACUUUUGAUUCUCUCUGCUCUGAGAAAGAUUUUCUCUGAGAAAAGCAGAGAAGAGAGAAACAGAGGAUUUAUGUCGUCUGGAUUUGAUCUAUUCACUGGAGCUCACAAGAAGCUCUGGAUCUUUUUGCACGUUCUCUGCAUCACUCUCUGUUUCUUCUUCACUCUUUGCAGCCCAUCUUGUUCCCUUCAGACGAGCAAGAAACAUCAGUUCCUUGUUAUUUCUAUAAUAUUAAGAUCAAAACGCAAUUGUUUUUGGGUAGAUUGCUCUGAGGAUUGUCUGGGAAAAUAUUUAUCAUUUUCAAUUUUGGGGUUUAGGGGUUUUAGGGUUUUGGGUUUUUCUUGAUAAUCAAGCUUAUCAAAGAUUUUCUUUCCUCCCCCAUUUUCCUUCCUUUCCUUGGGUUAAUUUCCUUCAUAGAUAAGGCUUUUUCUGUUAUAUUCAUACAAUGCCAGGCCUUAAAAGGCUAAUUUUGGAUCAAAAUUUGAGUUUUGGUAAAGAAGAGAAGAAGCAACCAAGCCAUUUGCUGUCGACAAAGAAAAUUCGCAUCAUCUGCCAUGAUCCUGAGGCCACAGACUCCUCAAGUGAUGAAGAUGAAGGCCAAAAUGAGAGGAGCAACAGAUUGAUGGGUUCUAAGCUUUUUGUGAGAGAGAUUAAAAUCUCUCUUCCUCCACAUGAAUCAACUGCUGAGAAUUCUUCACAAGAAAACAAUACCAAUAGAGGCAAAAUCACAAGUAAUUCUAACCAGAAGAAAACUAGAAUUUUGUCAUCUAACUACAAAGGUGUUCGACGAAGGCCAUGGGGGAAGUUUUCAGCUGAGAUUAGAGAUCCGUUUCGAAAGGUUCGAUUAUGGCUUGGCACUUACACAACUGCUGAAGAGGCUGCUGCUGCAUAUAGGAAAAAGAAGCAGGAGUUUGAGAUGAUGAUGGAAGCAAGAAAGCUUAAGAAAUUGUCAAUUAAUACGAAACUCGAAUCCGAAGAAUCAAGUGGUUUGUUCUCUUAUCCAUCACCAUCUUCUGUGCUUGAUGUGCCUACAAGAACAUCACUUAGCCAUGGAAUUGAAGCUCCAAUCAAAGAAGAGAACAAUGAAGAGAAGACACAUGAAGAAAUCUCAGAGUUGAAAAUGGUGGAAGAAAGACAAUCUGUUUUGGAUUUAUGGGAGGAGCCUGCACUGUCUCCUUCAAUAAGCCAAGAGCUGCUGAGUGGUGAUUAUUGCUCAGAGCUUGGGAAAUUUCUUAACAAUGUCAAUAAUGCAGAAGAUUUUUCAAUGGAGGUGGUCGAUUUUUUUCCUAUGGAAGGUGUGAUGGAUCUUCCAGAUAUUGAGCUCGAGACUCUUGCUUUUGUUGAGGAAUCUUUGAAUUUCACAUGCCCAUAAGUUUUGCAGUUAGGAAUUAUAGGAGGCUUUGGUCUUUUGUUUUUACAAUACAUUGGUGAAGAGAGAUAUUGAAGUUGUUAUCGUUUUGUGUUUGUUAGGUGGGAAAGAGAGUUCUUGGAGUUCUUUAAUUUAAAGAUUUUGUGGGAUUUUCAUGGCCACCCAAGAUUUUUGCAUACUCUCUGUAAUAUUAAAGACUUAUAUGAGUAAUUUAUUAUAUGGGAACUCUGUUAGGUUUGGCUGAUA